CGUCACGAAACCUGUGGCGGAACAAGGAAGCAUGAGCGACGACAGCAGGCUACGGAAUUUUUAGAAACCUGAACAGAAGCUUUUGUAGGAUACCCGUGUCUGUUUCACAGAUAAGUCAAACUAAAGUUAGAGGCUGAGUGUGUCCCGAAGCUGCCAUGACGGCUUCGGUGUUUUUCGGCUGUACGUUUAUCGCCUUCGGCCCGGCCAUCGCUCUGUUCCUGUUUACCAUCGCCCGGGAGCCGCUGCGGGUCAUUUUUCUCAUAGCAGGGGCAUUCUUCUGGCUUGUGUCUCUGCUGUUGUCCUCUCUGGUCUGGUUCAUCUCUGUCCAGAUCAGUAAUAAGGACAGUGCUGUACAACAGAAAGGCCUUCUCAUCUUUGGCGUGGUCUUGUCCGUCCUGCUGCAGGAAACCUUCCGCUUUGCCUACUACAAGCUGCUCAAGAAAGCAAAUGAAGGCCUCCUCACUCUCAGUCAAGAGGAGACCAUGCCCAUCUCCAUUCGACAACUGGCCUAUGUGUCAGGUCUUGGCUUCGGCUUCAUGAGUGGGGCGUUCUCUGUAGUGAAUAUCCUUGCAGACUCUGUUGGACCAGGAACUGUUGGGAUCCAUGGAGACUCGCAGCACUACUUCCUGUCCUCAGCCUUCAUGACCAUGGCCAUCAUCCUGUUGCACAUGUUCUGGGGGGUUGUCUUCUUUGAUGCCUGUGAAAAACAACGCUGGUGGGCUGUGGCCGCCGUUGUCGUGAGUCACCUGAUAGUUUCCUGUCUGACCUUUCAGAACCCCGAGUACGUGGCCAGUCUGGUUCCCACGUACAUCAUCUUGUUCCUGAUGGGCGUCUGGGCCUUUUACUCAGCUGGUGGCUCCCUCCGAAACCUCAAACUCUGCCUCACCUGCAAAGACAAGGACUUCCUACUGGCCAACCACCGGCCCAGAUAAUGUGGAAGAGUGUGUCCGGAGUUCAAGACCCUUUAUCCAAAGACCACAGAAUUCACACACAAAUACUGAACAGAGCAGAGGGGACCACUUCCACACAUUUGAUCACUUAUGACGUAACACAAAAGUAAAAUGUCCUGAAGGAUGUAAACAGGCAGAGGACAUGGUUUUUUGGCUUUCUUUGAAAUGUCUCAUCCCCCUGCUGCAAAGAAAAGCAGAUGCUUUGAUUGUAUGUGGGUAGAUCUCAAUUAUGUAAUGAGAUUUUUGAUUUUAGGCCUAGAUUUGGCUUCAUACUCAUUACUAAGCUCAUGAAAUACGUGACUAAUGUGGUAAUAGUCGGUGUGGACUGUGUGGAGCUGCAACAGUUUGAGUAUUUUUGAAGAUAUUUGAUGAUGUUGUCUUAGGCUUUGAGAUAUCGGUCAAUGUUUUCCACCAUUCUGACAUUUGAUUACAUAACAUUCAUUUCAUGUUGAAAAUCAGCAUAAUAGUUUUAGCUAUAUAUUGCAAUGAUUAUUUCCUGUUUUUUGCAACGUAAUGUCAUCUUUUACACUGAAUUCACUUUUUUUUUUGUAAAUGUGGUGAAAGUUAUUUGCUGGACAAGAUCGAUCAUUUUUAGUAAUGAUUUGUGGUGUUCACAUAAAACCACAAAAAGAAAAUGCACAAUUAAUAUGGUUUUGUAUUCUUCAUAUGUUCUUCAUGUGUCUCCGUGUUUUUGUCAGAGCUUGUUUGGGUGAUUUGGACUUUUUGGUACAUUUUGUGUCUUUAGUAGCUUCUCAAAGAUCUGUUGUCUUGUUUGAAAUAUAAACUUGUCACUGGUCGAUUACUGCUCUGAGUGGCCCACCAACAAACUGAACAAACAUCUGAACACCGUCACUAACCUUACAGUGAGCUGCCUUUGUAAUCCUGCCAAUAUAACAGGGUGUCUGUGGAUCCUCUUACAUUUGAUUGUCCUAAAUUAAGGCUUUAAUUGUCUUUAAAAUCGAUUAAUCCUUAAAUGUGGCACUCAGAGGUCUUCAGAUUCCACAGAUACAAUAAAUGAAAUUGCUGUAUUUACUUUG